UCAAUUAUUAGUUAUUACUUAUUACUCAUCAAGAUUUUAGUAGGCAAAUCAAAGGUACUAGUUUUGAUUUAAGUCUUUCUAUAAAUUGAUUUGUACACUUUUAAUAACUAUAAUUUGAUAUUUAUUGAGUUGAAAAAAAUUGGUGUAUUUCUAUAGAAUUGACAACGCCGGCUUAAUUCCUAUACGUCUUCAGCAAACCUAAAAAAUGAUGUUACAGUUGUGACUGAUAGCAAACUAUUUUUGAGUUCAUAAGGUUAUUUGGAUAAUAACCUCCGUAAUGCUUGAACCAGAAAAUCAUGAGGAUGGUAUAUUAAACCCACCUGGUGAAGAGGUAACCCUUCCUCCAGCUCUUGAGCAAGCUUUGAAUUUUAAAGAAGUGAGAGCUAAAGAAGUUGGAACCAGUGAUGAACAGGCUGAAUUUAUACCUGAAAAUGGUGUUGAAAACUUGCAGAAUAUAGUUGAAAAUGAUGAUGAUGAUGAUGAUGAUGAUGACGACGAAGAUGAAGAAGAACAACAAAUGGUUAAAUUGUCAUCAAAAGAUCGCAAAGUAGCUAAAAGAAGAAAGAAAAAGUAUAAGAAAAAAAAGAAGAAACAGUUGAAAAAUGAACAAAAAGAUAAGGAUACGGCUUCAUCAUCAUCAGACAAGGAGAACAAAGCUCAGCCUUUGGAUAUUGAAGUGGAAUAUAUACAGGAAACUUUAAGCGUUUUUAAUCUUGUACCUAUGUACAGACAGUAUGCUAAAGUAUUUGAAAAUUUUAAAAUUCCAGAACCAGAAAAAAAACCUAUAGACCAAGUUGGUACCCAGGAAGCUGCAGUACCUAAUUUAGACUUAAAAAAAGUACCUAAACUUCUUGAACAAGAAGAUGAUGAUGAUGACGAUGAUGAUAAAAAUAAAGAUGGAGAACAACAACCAAAAGGUCCAGAUAAGUUGUCGAGAAGACAAUUUAAAAAAGUAACACGUUUAAGUGUGGCUGAACUUAAACAACUAGUAGCACGACCAGAUGUUGUCGAAAUGCAUGACGUAACCGCGAGAGACCCUCAUCUUUUGAUACAGUUAAAAGCACACCGUAAUACAGUGCCUGUGCCACGCCAUUGGUGCUUCAAGCGGAAGUACUUACAAGGUAAACGAGGUAUUGAAAAACCUCCAUUUGAUUUGCCAGAUUUUAUUAAACGUACUGGUAUCAUGGAAAUGAGAGCUGCUCAUCAAGAAAAAGAAGACGAGAAGUCUUUAAAAAAUAAAAUGAGGGAAAGAGUUCGGCCUAAAAUGGGAAAAAUUGAUAUAGAUUAUAAAAAAUUACACGAUGCAUUCUUUAAAUUACAAACAAAGCCGAGAUUAUCUUUACAUGGGGAUUUAUAUUAUGAAGGUAAAGAAUAUGAGACUAAACUCAGAGAAAAGAAACCGGGAGAUUUGAGUGCUGAACUACGAACAGCUUUAGGUAUGCCAGUGGGCCAUAAUGCUCAAAAAGUUCCUCCGCCGUGGCUUAUUGCAAUGCAGCGGUAUGGGCCACCUCCUUCUUAUCCGGCACUCAAAAUACCAGGUCUAAACGCUCCAAUUCCGGAAGGGUGUUCUUUUGGCUAUCAUGCUGGUGGUUGGGGUAAACCUCCUGUUGACGAACGAGGUCGACCACUUUAUGGAAACGUAUUUGGUACCCCAUCUGAUUAUGACGAAUCCCUCGUUGCUGAAGAGCAAAUUGAUAAAUCUAUGUGGGGAGAACCAGAUUCAGAAUCUGAUGCAGAAGAAAGUGAAGAAGAGGAAGAGGAAGAAGAGGUAAAGGAAGCUGAAGAGGUAGCUAUUGAUGCAAGUGGUAUUGCUACUCCAGUUGCCGAAGGCUUGGCAACACCUUCUGGUAUUAUGUCUGGAUUGCCGAGUGGUUAUGAAACCCCUGAAUACAUUGAGCUAAGAAAACGAAAGAUUGAAUCUGAAAUGGAAACUAGUGAACAACAACCACUUUAUCAUGUUUUACCUGAAAAAAAGGUGGAUACAGUUCGUGGCUCAAUGAUGGCAUCCACUCAUAUGUACGACAUUCCUACUACUGUUACGAAUAAGCCUGGUGAGGUUGAAGUCAGUUUAGACCCAUCCGAGUUGGAAUUGGCCGGCGAUGUUGAAGCUAUGGCUGCAAGAUAUGAGCAAAGGAUGAAAGAUCAACAAGGCAGUGAAGACGAUGGAACAGAAUCGGAAAAGAAGAAAGGUCAAAAACGAAAAGUGGCACAAGAGGCCAAAACUAGCAAAAAAUAUAAGGACUUUAAAUUUUAAGAGGAUAAAAAUAAAGAUUGUAUUUUACAUUAUUAAAGAUUAAAAUUACAUAUUUAUUUUGAUUUCAACGUUUUGUAAAAAUACCAUUAACAGAGAAGCUAAAUAUUUACCAAUAGUUAAUACUAAAAUAAUAAUAAUAAAUUAUUUGAUUAUUAUUUUUGAAAAUGAUAACUUCUUGAAGAAUAUACAUGCACUGAAAAACUUA